CACACACACACACACACACACACACAGCGGCUCUGCUAAGCUACACUUGCACGCCCGUUCGCUUGCCAUGUGGAACCUGAAGUAAAACGGGAAUACCUCCUUUAAAAUCUCAAGCUAGCUGUGUGCGGUGUUGUUAGUCGCCAUGUCAUUUUGUUUUAACUUCGACGUCCCAGCACAAACAAUAAACCCGGACGACGUGGAUGGAAAUGGACUGCAAAACGGAAAGAAAGACAGUGCUGCUACAACUACGCAGGACAAUACCAAACCAGCACAGCCAGUAAAGGAGGCCAAAGAGCACCUUCCACCAACUGACUCACAGUUCCUCCUUAUGGAUGCUGUCUCUGAAACGGUAACCAUUGGAAAUCUUCCUCCGCUCCACUUCCUCAAUGAAACUGUUUUUGAGAAGACAGCCUCCGAAAGAGAGGACAGUGAGAAAAUUCUCUCUCGCACUGUGGAGAAAAGGUCUGAUCUCAUCCCUGGCAUGUACGAGGGAGGGCUGAAGGUGUGGGAGUGCACUUACGACCUUCUGGAACUCAUUGAGAAAGACGGAGAGACCUUUGGGGGGAAGGCAGUUUUAGAUUUGGGCUGUGGUGCAGGGCUGUUGGGGAUAUUGGCUCUGAGGAGCGGAGCCAGGCACGUCCACUUCCAAGAUUAUAACAGUACAGUUAUUGAACAGCUCACAGUGCCAAAUGUAAUACUAAACUGCCAAGAGGAUGAUGACAUAGAGAGUGAGGAUGACAAAGAAGGGAGGGACAAAGAGAAACAAGAGCUAAAAGACAGCAGCCCACCUCCAAAGAAAAGAGCUGCAGACCUAUCCCAGCUCCCAUUACUAGCUAAGUGUCGUUUUUUCUCUGGUGACUGGAGCACAUUUCUUGCUUUGGUUCUAAAGACGGGCCCACAACCCAAAUAUGAUAUCAUAUUAACCUCAGAGACUAUCUACUACACGGGUUACUAUCCUGCCCUCCAUGAUACCCUCCACAAACUUCUGGCCCCAGAUGGACUGGUCUACCUUGCCACCAAAUCCCACUACUUUGGUGUAGGCGGUGGACUGCACCUGUUCGAGACUUUUGUUGAGGAGAAGGGUAUUUUCUCUGUGGAUCACCUGUGGGAUGGGGAUGAAGGACUUCAGAGACAUGUAGUAGUUCUACGUUUUAAAAGGCCAAAGAACACUUGAAUAAUGUCUGUCAGAGACUCUUGUGCUCUGUUGAAAUGUAUUGUUUGCUACACAGUUUCAUGAAAAUAAAAAUGAUCAGAAUUGUUCUUUAGUCUUCUGUAUGAAGCUUAUAUAUUGUAUGUUACAGCAAGAGUGGCAAAACAUGGAAUAGCUGUAAUAAA